UUGAGACAGUCAUUCUGCCAAAGAACCCUCCUAGGGACCAGACCAUCACCACUGUGGGGCGCAAGCAGGAGAGAAGGAGUGUGCCGUUAGAAGUGAAGCUGUGCCGCAACUUCACUCUGUGGUCCUGUGCGGCAGCAGAAAGGACUUUUUUCGAAGUGUUACCGUACCGUGUUGAUCGUGAUCCUGAAAACCGAGAAGACUGAAGGUGUGAGUGUGUGUGUGCGAGCGAGAGGGGGUGAAAACCAGGUGUGCCCUCCAACCAUGUGGGUCCUAAAUAGGAGGAAUCUGCUCUGCAGCUUUGUGAUAUCGCUAGUGCUUUGCCAAUCUGUUUCUGCAGCAUCCUGCAAAACCGGCUGCCCAACACCAAACAAAUCUACCAAAUACCAAUUUCAACCGGGAAAUGUCUACAGCUACGAUCUGGACAGUUUCGUGCAGGUGCAGCUGACCUCUGAGGAUGUCGAUGCCCAACAAACGACACUGAAAGUUGAAGGAAAGGUCGAAGUCUAUGCCGCCGACAACUGCCAGUACACGUUGAAGGUCGUCUCGCUGACGACCUUCGCACCCGAUGGCAAGAAGUCCAACUUCGGCGGUGACAUCACCAAACCCGUCCAAUUUACCCUGUCCAACGAUGAACUCUCGCCGGAACUGUGCGCCGAAGAGAGCGAUUCGGACUUCUCGUUGAACGUUAAGCGUGGUAUCGUUUCGCUGUUGCAGUCCGCCGAAGGUAAAUCCUUCGAAACGGACGUCUUCGGUGUGUGCCCAACUUCGUUCUCGAACUUUGCCACUGGCGGCGCCACCGUCGUGAACAAGGUUCGUGACCUUGCCGGCUGCGGAUACCGGGAGUCCCUGAGCAACAGUCUGGUCAGCAGCAUUGUCAACUCGAAAGCUGGUCUGAAAUCCACCCCGCUGCUGACAAGCAACUACAACAGCCAGCAAACAUUCAAGAAUGGCGUUCUGGAAUCGGUCAAACUCGGAGAAGAAUACAAGUACGUACCGUUCGCGAAGCUCAACUCUGGUGCACAGGCUAAGGUCACCACCAAGCUGACCUACACUGGAACGAAGGCCGGAGCUGCCCCAGCUUUGACUGCCGGAACUCCAAAAUCGGUCAUCUUCGAAAACCCCCAGACCGACUUCCAGGGUAACCUGGAAACAAUCAAGCAGGAACUGAAGACCGUUGUUGAUUCGUACAGUCAGAACAACGUGGGCAAGCUCACCGCCAGCCACUUUACGGAGCUGGUGCAUUUGAUGCGCUUCUCCAAAAAGGAUGAUCUGCUGUCGUUGUACCAACAAGUUAAGGCCGGAAAUGCCCACAAGAACAAGUCGCUUGCUCGUAAGGUCUAUUUCGAUGCCUUGUUCCGAGUAGGAACCGGAGCAGCCGUUGAAGCUUUGGCCAACCUCUACAAGAACAAGGAAGUAUCUGACCCCAAGGAACAGAAACUUCUUUUUGUUUCCCUGAACCUGGUUACCUCUAUGACCAAGCCAGCUUUGAAGGCCGCCAAACUGCUUCUUGAAGGAAGCCCAUCCCGUGAAGCGUACCUCAGCGUAGGAAGCUUGGUUAACAAGUACUGCCAGAAGUUCGGAUGUGAAUCUGCCGACGUAAAGGAAAUCUCCGACAAGUUUGCCGUGAAGCUUGGUAAGUGUCAACCAGCCAACCGCCAAGAAGAAGACACCGUCGUCGCAGUUCUGAAGGGUGUUAAGAACUCGAACACCCUGGUUGCUCCUCUGCUGGAUAAGGUCGUCCAGUGCGCCUCGGACAAGUCAUCUGCUCGCGUUCGUGUAGCGGCUUUCCAAGCUUUCCCAGCUGCUUCCUGCAACAAGAAGGUAGUGAACUCUGCCCUGAACUUCCUGAAGAAUACCAAUGAAGACUCGGAAAUCCGAAUUCAAGCCUACCUCUCGCUGGUUGAGUGCCCUUCGGCUGCUGUGGCCAAUGAAUUCAAGGCCCUGCUGGAUAAUGAGAAGGUUUACCAAGUUGGCUCAUUCAUGACUACCCAUCUUGCCAGUCUCCGUGCUUCUGCUGAUCCAACCCGUGAAGCUGCCCGUCAACAUUUUGCCAACAUCCGCACCACCAACAAGUUCCCGUUCGAUUUCCGUCGCUACUCGUUCAAUCGUGAGUUCUCGUAUGCUGUUGAAUCGCUUGGUCUGGGAGCCAGUGCUGAUACCAGUGUGGUCUACUCGCAGAAGAGCUUUUUGCCCAAAUCGGUUGCUUUCAACUUCACUACUGAAGUGUUUGGAAAUUCGUUCAACGUUUUUGAGGUUGAAGGUCGCCAGGACAACUUGGACCGCGUGGUUGAACACUACUUCGGCCCUAAAGGUUUCUUCCGCGGAAUGGAUCUCCAAACUGCUUUCAAUACUCUGGUCGAACAAUACGGAAAGCUAUCCGAGAAGGCUCAAAGUCGCUUCCGUCGUGGACUCAAGGAAGAUGUUAGAGCUUUUGCCAAGGGUGUGAACAUGCGCAACGAUGCCCUGGAAGAUUUCAACCUAGACGUAUCAGUCAAGUUCUUCGGAUCUGAACUAUUCUUCUUAAGCUCUGGUGAACAUGUACCAAGCACACCAGAAGAAUUCCUGGAGAAGAUGCUGGAGUGCUUCGACAAGUUCUUGGAAGGUGCUAAGAAGUACGAUCGUGUAUUUGAACACCAUGCCUUGUUCUUGGACUCAGACCUGGUAUACCCAACUGCAGCGGGUCUGCCUCUGACAUUGUCCUACGAGGGAACCGGUGUUGCUCGUUUGGAAGCAAGUGUGGAAGUCGAUGUCAAGGAUAUUGUCAAGGACUACAAGAAUACCAAGUUCAACGUUAAGCUGGUUCCAAGCGGAAGCUACGAAGUGACUGGAACACUCAGCGUCGAUGCCUUCACCGUAACCACUGGUCUUCAGCUAACGGGUACUGUUCACUCAUCUACUGGAAGCGCUGUCAACUUCGCUUUGCUCGAUGGCGGAAAGUCGUACGAAAUGACGGUGGACUCCCUGUUGAAGAAGCAGGAACUGUUCAGCUUCAACAGCAAGCUUGUGUUUGUGACUCGUGAGCGUGGCAAUCAGCUGAUCUCUCUGCCUCUGAAGAUGAAUCAACAGGUCAAGGAGUUCAAGGAAUGCUUUGACAAUCUGUACCAUGUCAUCGGUGUUACCCUGUGUGCUUCCGCUGGACAGAAGCAGGUACCUGGAAAGUCUUUGGUUCCUUUGGAUGGAGAAUACCACGCUGAAUUGUACCUUGAAGUUGAUCCCAAGUACCACUUCACUGGAAAGUACGAUGAUUCGGACAAGCAACAUCAGAGCUUGCUGUUGACCUUCGAUACUCCUGGGUCUGAUAAGAAGCGUGCCACAAGCCUUAAACUGGAGAGUUACUUCAAGGGCGAUGCCUACGUGAAGGCCACUCUACUGUCACCACUGAGAAACGUUGACCUGACCGUUGGACUUAACAACAACGACAAGGAAGCAUCACUGUAUGCUUUGGCUCACAACGGACCUGAGGAAUACCUGGCCAAGAUCGGAUUCGAAAAGGGUGGAUCUCCCGCGCGCCAGGAAUACGUACCAAUCUUCACCGUGAGAUCUCCAACUGGUGAUGCUCAAGUCUCGAAACUUGUUCAAACUACUGGCAAAAUUGUCGUGGAGAAGGCCGAUGGUGGUGCUACCAAGUACAACCUCGAGAAUGUCGAAUGGGUCAGCCCGUACGCUCCCAAGACCACUGUCAACGGAUUCGUCCUCCAAAAUGGACCAAGCUUUGAUACUGAUCUGGCUGUCGUGGUCGGUUCCAGCAAGAACAACGUUAAGGGACACCUGGACUUCAGCCCUAAGCACGUCAACUUUGACCUCGAAAAGAAGACUGAUGGCGAUGCGGAUAAGAACUUCAAGGUGAACAUGGCUCUUGCCUACACGGAAAAUUCGUUCAAGAACGUCUUCGUCUUUUUGUCCGGAAAGGACUUCACUCACCCGACUCAUCGCUAUGAACUGAGUCAAAAUGCUGAGUUUGAAUUCGAAGAUAAGAAACUGCAGUCGCUGAAGAUGGACAACAAGUUGCAGCUACCCAAGCAGAUGGUUCGAUUUGAUUUUGCCACCAGCAAGAACCAGUUCAAGGUAGAUGGAGAGUACGGAUACGACAAGUACAAGGUCGCCGCUAAUGUUGAUGCCAAGUACAACGAAAAGACUGCCGGUGAUUACGACUGGACCGUUGGAGGAUCGCUCAACAAGCACUUCUUCAAGUUCGUGUCGAAGCGUACGUUGGACUCGACCAAGAGCCGAUUCCAGAACCAACUGACGGCCAGCACCGGUACCAAGAUUCAGGUCAACGGCGUCGCCACCAACAAGUUCAGCGAUCAGGAUGGUGAACUCAAUCUGGAGGGUUUGUUCGUUGCAGUCGAUAAAGCUGAUCCCUACAAGCUCAACCUGGUUCUCCAACUGAGCCCAUCCACUGUGCUGUCCAACGCUAAGGUUCUAGUUGGAAAGGAUGAAUUCGCCACGUACGAUCUUAAGCUUGACCGUACCGAAAAUGCCAAUGGAAAAUUGAACUUUGUUGUCAAGGACUUCUUUGACGGACACGGUGAAUUCAAGGCCAACAAGGGUCAAGGUGACGGAACGGCUCUGGUGAACUUCCUGAAGCAGGAUCGCAAACUCAAGCUGGAUACCAAGUUCAAGGUCAACGCUCCGGUGUUUGAUGUUGUCACGGACUUCUACUAUGACUUCGAGAAGGACAACACCAAGAAGGUGCAUUUCGAUACCAAGAACAAGGUCACCAAGAGCAGCUUCGACAGCAAGAAUAAGUUGGAGGUGUUCUCCGAAAAAUACGAGUUCAACGUUCAGGGACAACAAAACGGACCAGUUAACGACGGAUCGACCAACGGAAAGUUCUCCCUGACUCUGCCCACUGGACGACAGCUCUCCGGAGAUUUCAAGCGUGAAAUGAGCAGCAAGGAUGACAAGAAGGUUACCGGCAGUGUUACUGCUAACUUCGCUGAUAAACUGCCAGGAGGCAAGCAGCAGACUGUUUCGUUGACCGGAACUCUCAAGGAUGGUGAUUUCAAGGCCAAAUUCUUCGAUAUGGUGCACAAUCUCAAAUACACAAACCUUGACGGAAAGGAAUUGGAUGUUCAGUUCGAUACCAAGCAUCUGCCAGUCGGUCACUUCAAGAACGCUGCUUUCCAUGUGAAGGUCCAAGGUUCUCUCGUUCCUGAAUCUGGAGAGUUCAACUUCGACCUGGAUGAAUAUUGUGAAAACCACGCUGUCUACCGAGUAGGUGGAAAGUAUGGAGGUGACUUCGAUGGUACUGUUAGCGGAAACUACCAUGUCGGAAAGCCUGGAAAGCCGCAUACUCAUGAAGUGAAGGCAACCUUGAAUGUUCCACAGGCUCCAGUCAAGAGCGUAUCUGUUGAAUCUAAGGGUAGCUAUCUGGAACCGGAAAGCGAUGCUGGACUCUUCGAGUUUGAAUAUUCUGGAACAUUCGGCUAUGACGGUAAGAAGGUUGAACUGGCUACCACUGCCAAGGGUAACGUAAAUCAUGGAACUGGCAGCGUCAAGUUGAGCCUCCCCGAUGCUGAUCCUUUCGCUGCUGAUGCCUCGUACAACUAUGAAGGCAAGGAAGAUGGGCCAAUUUCGACCAAGGGAUCGCUCAAGGUCAGCUAUGGCAAGGGAAAAACUUUCGAGUUCGCUGGUGACGCCAAGGCUGUUGGAGCUGAUGACGUAACGCUCCAUGCCACGCUCAAGUCAGAGUUCGACAAGGUAAAGAACGUUGAACUUGCCUUCAAGCACGUCAAAUCUGGAGAGAAUGGAUACCACACUAAGUUGAACUUGGUUGCUGACGGAAAGGCUUACAGCGUAGAUAACGCCGUUGUUCUCUCUGAAACUUCCCCGUCCGUCGAUUUCUCCCUCGGAUACCCAGACAAGACCGUGAAGGUGUACGGUGGAUACAAGCUGCUGAGCGAUCGUGCCUUCAAGGCUGAUGCUAAGGUAGAGAACUUCGGAGAUUUCAACUUGGACGCCAACGUUGAAGCUAACUUCCAGAGCUACGAAGCCUUCUAUGCCAAAUUGUACCUGGAUGCUCCGAAAUUGGAUGCCAAGAAGAUCACAGUCGAGGUCAACUCCAAGCCUGGAAACAGCGGAAAGGGUGUCGAAUUCAAGGCUUCAUCUGAUGGAAAGAAUGUUCUGAGUGGAUUCGCCGACUAUUCCGUCAAGGAGCAGGGCAAGAGCACCGUGAUUGAAGGCCAAGGAAACGUCAAGCUAUACGACAAACAGCAAACUGCAUCGUUCAAGCUGGUUCGUGAGAAGCUGCAAGAAGCUGGAUAUGCUUUCACUCUGUCCGGAUCCGUAGGCAAGAACAGCGUCUCGACGGAAGUUCGUGUCAAGCCAAAUGACUUCAAGCUGAAGCACACCAUCUGUGACGAAAAGAAGAAGUGCACCAAUGUUGAAGUCCAGUCCAAGUUGGAGCGCGUUGGAGAGAAGUUCAACCACGAAGCUCUGGUUUCGGUUGACCUGCAACAGCUCGGAUACGUGUAUGAGUUUGGACUGAACUCCAAGACUAGCGGCAACGGAUUUACUUUGGAUCACACUACCGAUGUGGAGUUGAAGGAGAAGCAACAGCCUAAGUACCAGUACCACCUGUACCUUCACCCGCACAGCGCUGGAGCUAGUUUGGUUCUGCCAACUCGUUCCCUUGCCGUUGAGGGAGUGUUCAACUAUCCGAAGGACAAAUUUGGCAAAUAUGACAGCACUGUAUCAUUCUAUCUGGAUAAGAAGAACGCCCCAUCGAACAAGGCCACUUUUGGAUUCACAGGAGAAACCAAACUGGUUGGAUCAGCUGGAGUCAGUGGAAGUGGUUCGCUCAAAUUCUCGCACCCAACCGUCAAGGAUCUGGUAGUAAGCGCAUCUGGCCUCGUAGACGCCGAGACACAGACUGUCGAUGGAAAGGUCGAACUGGAUGUCUUCAAAAAUGCCAACGAUAAGAUUGUUGCCCAUGCCAAGUACGUCAACAGCGACACGAGCUUCAAGGGUUACAACGUCAGCUCGGAGGUGACUGUAUACAGCAAGGGUCUUGGAUUCAACUGCGGCUUUAAUGGACACUCUGCUCUGUCGUUUGCUACUAAGCAAUUGAGUACAGCUGGAUUUGUCGAUCUGCCAUUCGAAGAUUUCCGCUUCGGUACAUACCUGUUCGCCAGCCCCGAAGAAUUUGAUUUCUUGCUCAAGAGAUUCAACGAUGAGUUGGUCCGUGCCCAUGGUACCUAUGAUGUCAAGAAGCACAAGGCUGAUCUCACCUCCACCUUCAAAUUCGUGCCAACUCGUCCAGUCGUGCUGCAGACCACUGUAAACGGUCUCUCGUCUGCCAAGUUCUCGCUGACUCAGGACAAAUUCUUCCUUGUCGAUGGCACAUUCACCGUCGAUAAGACCGCUACUUUGAAGGUUCUUGGUAACGACAAGGAGCUGCUGAACGCGAAGGUCGCAUUGGACGCAACACAUUUCCUAACCACUGAAUACAAGGUUAGCGAAGACAACGCCAAGAGCUUCCUGCAAGCCUUCAACAAGCAACUGCAAGCCGAUCUUGAGACUUCCAAGGCUGAAUUCGAGAAGAAGUACACUAAACUGACUGCUGAUGUCAACAAGGUUGUUAACAAUGUUGUCAUGGCGCUGCCUGAUUUCAGCAAAUUCCAAGCUGAUUACACUGAACAGUUCAAGAAGUUGCAGGAUGAGCUGCUGCAGGACCCAACCAUCAAACAGUUCUUCGAAUUCGUUACGAAAGUCUUUGCCGCUGUCAAUGAAGUCGUUGCCCAACUGACUCAAGUUUACGCCGAAAACUUCAAGAAGGUCUCUGCCGUUGUGACCGACGUCGUUGGAAAGCUAUCGGAAACAUUCAACACCAAGAUGCUUCCAGUUCUUAAGGAGCUUUAUGGAAAGGCCGAAUCGCUUGUUUACGGCAUCUACGAAGAAACUGUGAAACUGGUUGUGGCAGUUUUUGAACGUACCGUCAAGUCUCUGAAGGCCUUUGAGGAAGACUUCAACAAGGUCGCCAAGAACGUUUCCGAGCUGUUCAAAAACUUUGCUCAAACCUUCAACAAGGCUAUUGCAACACUCGAUAAGGAGUUCCGAGAACUGUACAAACUGGUUCAAGAAUACUUCGACUCGUUCGAUGAAUUCAAGGUUCUUAAGGAAACCUUCCAGGAGUACUUCGAAGGUGCUGACAAAUAUGCCUUCCAACUGUUGAAGGAACUGCUUACUCUUAUUGAAGACUUGUACCCAGUGCCGGAGAUUAAGACUUUCACAUCUUCCGUUAACCAGUACGUUACCAGCAAGCUGGAAAACAAGAAGGUCAAUGAUGUUGAAGAGCUCAAGAACAUUUUCGUACAUUUUGUCAAGGCUGUGUCCAUGCUGUUCGAUCGACUAUCAACCACGUUGUCUACGACUCUGGAGGAACCAGGAUUUGCCGGUGGACUGCCAUCUUUCAUGACCUUCAAGGUCUUCCCGUACGUCAGCAGUGUGAAGUUCAGUCCAUUCAACUACCUCCGCAACGAGAAAUUCUACUCGCUCCGUGACUUCCUGUACCAAUUCCGCCCAUACGCCUGGAAUCCAUUCGCCGUUGUUCCUCCGUUCACUAUGCAUGGAGAAGUUGCCGAUGGCAGUCAUUUCUUCACCUUCGAUGGACAACACUACACCUUCCCAGGAAGCUGUCAAUACGUUCUCGCUUCGGACUUUGUUGAUGGAAACUUCAGCAUCGUAGCAAACAUCCAGGACGGCAAACUGAAGUCGAUUUCUCUGGUUGAUAAGGAUGUUGUUGAACUGAACGAUCAGGGAGUUGUCACAUUGAAUGGAAAGGCCACCGAUAUGCCGCUGCACAAGAAUGAUGUCCAUGUCUGGAGACGUUACUAUACUGUCAACCUGCUGACCACCUAUGGAGCUAGUGUGAUGUGUACAACCGAUCUGAAGGUGUGCCACUUCACCGUUUCUGGAUUCUAUCUAGGAAAGGUUCGUGGUCUGCUGGGUAAUGGAAACAACGAACCCUAUGAUGAUUUCGCUUUGCCGAAUGGAAAGAUCGCCGAAAGCUCUACUGAUUUCGCCAACACCUACAAGGUCACCAAGUCUUGUGCUGCCGUUGCUGAUCCAGGACAUACCAAGCAUGAACACAGCAGCCCAGUUUGCGCUAAGCUGUUUGGCUCAGACAGCUCGAUGAGAUACUGCUACUUCUUCAAGGACCAGACUAACUACCGCGAAGCUUGUGAACAUGCCGUCCAUGGUGCAGCCAAUGCUGAGGAAGCCGGUUGCUCCAUCGCUUUCGCUUAUGCUUCGGCCUGUCGCUUGGAAAUGAUCCCGGUGAGCGUACCAUCUCAGUGCCAGAAGUGCUCCGUUAGCGGCAAACCAGUUGAAGUUGGCGAUCAGUUCAGCGUGAAGUCACCGCAGAAGCAAGCUGAUGUUGUAUUCGUUGUGGAUACCUCCAUGGGUGCACUGCUUGGUGAACUGGUUCAGGCUACGAUCAACGAUCUGCGUAAGGAACUGAAGGCUAACGGCCUUACUGAUGUGAAAGUGGUUGUCCUCGGCUUCAAUAGGAACCAGAAAUACGUUAGCUUGUUCACCAGCGGCGGAAAACUGGACUACACCGGUAAGCUGGGACAGGCUGACCUCAGUGGACCGGAGAACUGCAAACCAUUGGUAACUGGAAACAAGAACGUCGAUGAGUUCUUCAAGGUGCUUCACGACCUGCAGGAGAAGGCCGCCGAAGAUUUGGGAGUUACCCCGGAUGCCCGCGCGUUCCUUGAUGCUCUGCAGUAUCCAUUCCGAGCCACGGCUAGUAAGCACAUCGUUCUGGUACAUUCGGACGAUACGGAGAAGAUGCCUAACCCGGCUCGUGCCGUUAAGUCCAUUUUGGCCACUCUGGAUCUGAAGGUUAAGGGCGUCGGACUGCACGUUGUAACGCCAGUGAAGAACUUGGGUAUCACCAGCAGCAAGGACUCCAAGAAGGUUAAGGAGCUUGUCGGUUUCAACGCCAAGCAAGCAUUCACUCUGGCUGACAGCAAGAAACGUACCAACAUCGGAUCAACUGAGCUGAAGAACACCUUGAAGUACGACUCGGACAUGCUGGUCGAUAUGGUCAACAAGAACGACGGAUUCGUGUUCGUACUGCAGAACUUCAGCGGACUGAAGCAAGCCAAGGACAAGAAGUCGUUCGUGUCGGUCAUGGCUUCGGCCCUCGGAGAACACAUCGCACGAACGGAAGUCAGCAGCGAUUGCGUGUGCAAGCUACGGAAUGGCCUGCAUGCGGAGGAAUCCUGCGAGGCUAAGGAAACUAGGUACCUGCCACCAUCGAAGAAAACCGGUGCCAAGGGAUAAUCUGCACAACCACCAGCAGACAAAAGGGGAGAGAUGACUUCCAGCCAUAUUUAUUAUCUUCGCCUAGCACUAGAACUGUAUCAUCCCGAAUGCCAUUUUAGCGGUACCAUCCUAGGGAAACGAUAAUCUGUAUUGUAGUACUUCAGAACAGAAAAAAAGACGAAAUAAACGAAUGAUGUUUUUGUAUUAAUAGAUGAAAAA